AUGAUUUCUGGUAAAGGAGCAGCUGUUAAUCAAGAUACGGUAAUCUAUUGGAAGACACGGUUAUCAACAAUUCUUGAACAGUACAAUCCUGUUGAUGUUUAUAAAUGUGAUGAAACGAGCCUUUAUUACAAAUUGAUGUCCGACCGAUCUCUUAUUGUUAAUAAAGAUGAUUGUAUUGCUGGUAAGAAAUCUAAAGAGAGAUUUACCGUAUUGUUUUGUGCCAAUUGGACUGGAAAUGACAAAUUAAAUUCAGUGGUGAUUGGAAAAGCAGCUAAACCAAGAUGUUUCAGAAAUCUUGAUAUGAAAAAAUUGCCUGUUACGUGGUAUAGUAACCGAACAGCAUGGAUGUAUAGUUCUAUAUUUACUGAUUGGUUACAUGGGUUGGAUUUAAUGAUGCAAAAGCAAAAACGUCGAAUAUUAUUGUUUUUAGACAAUGCACCACUUGUUCAUCAUAUCAUCAUUAGUGCUACUAAUGCUUACUCGGCAGACGAUGUUGUGAUCACAGCAUUAGAUGCUAUUUGUUGGAUAGAUAUCGCCUGGAAAUCCAUCACAGAAAUUACUUUACAAAAUACUUUCAGAAAAGCUGGAUUUAUAAUUCCAUCUGUUUCGCCGGAUUUACCAUUAACAGAAACAACAUUAACUGAUGAAAUUACUUCCGUUCAAGAACAAGAAUCUUUAAACAAUCUUGAUAAAAUACUUGAACAUAUAUUUAUUGGUGGUACUGGUAUGCCAGCUAUUGACUUUGUAGGUGUCGACGACAAUCUACCAGCAUUCAAUGAAUGGAAUGAUAAUAGUAAAAAACUUUUAUCUAUUAAUGUUGUUUCCAAUGAAGAUACUCCACAAAAUGAAGAUUUUGAAAUUGAACAACCACCAUCAUUACCCGAAGCUAUCAAACUACUUCGUCGAUUAAAAUUAUUAUCAACUACUCAUCAUCCAGAACUCCAUCAAUUACUGUCGCAGUUAUAG